AUGUCAGAGGGUGGUGAUGCACAGAAAGGAAGAAGAAUCGCGAUAAUUGGUGUAUCUACCUUGUUGUUAGUGGCUAUGGUUGUCGCUGUCACUAUUGGCGCCAGUCGUAACGAAUAUGGUGCGGACAACGAUAUCGAAGAUAGUAGAAGAAACCAUGUUUCUUCUACCAUGAGAGCUGUACAAUCCAUUUGCCAACCCACUGAUUACAAGAAGGAAUGUGUGGAAACCCUCACAGCUGAAGCUCAGGCGGGGAAUGUGACCGAUCCGAAAGAACUUAUUAAAAUAGCAUUCAACGUUGCCAUGAAGAAAAUUGGUGAACAAAUCAAGGCAACUGAUCUUAUACAUGAGGUUGAGAAGGAUCCUAGAUCAAAGGAUGCUCUUGAAACUUGCAAGCAACUAAUGGAUCUUUCCAUUGGAGAAUUCACAAGAGCAAUUGAUGGAAUUGACCAGUUUAAUCUUAAUGACAUUGACCGAAUUCUCAUGAAUUUGAAGGUUUGGCUCAAUGGUGCAGUUACAUACAUGGAUACUUGCGUCGAUGGAUUUGAGAACACUACUACUGAUGCUGGUAAGAAGAUGAAAGAGAUAUUGACAUCAAGCAUGCACAUGAGUAGCAAUGCUCUUGCCAUCAUUUCAGACUUUGCUGACACUUUUGAUAACUGGAACACCAGCAACCUUUUCGGACAACGUCGUCUUCUUGACUCCGAUACACCUUCAUGGGUCAGUGAACAUCGCAUGCUCUUUGAUGCUAAAACAAGCUCAUUCAAACGUAAGCCUAAUGUUACCGUCGCUUUGGAUGGUACCGGUGAUGUUAAGACCAUCAACGAGGCUUUGUUGAAGGUUCCUGAGAAGAGCGAAAAACCGUUUAUCAUCUACAUUAAGGAGGGUGUUUACAAUGAGUAUGUUGAAGUUAACAAGAAAAUGACCUAUGUUGUGUUUGUUGGUGACGGUGGCCAGAAAUCAAGAAUCACUGGCAACAAAAACUUUAUCGACGGUGUUAACACUUAUAAAACUGCCUCAGUUGCUAUUCAAGGAGAUCAUUUUACUGCUAUUAAUAUGGGCUUUGAGAACUCGGCCGGUGCCCACAAGCAUCAAGCUGUGGCAUUAAGAGUUCAAGGAGAUAAAUCCAUCUUCUUCAAUUGUUCAAUGGAUGGGUAUCAAGAUACACUUUAUGUGCACACCAUGCGUCAAUUCUACCGUGAUUGCACCAUUUCCGGUACCAUUGAUUUCAUCUUUGGCAAUGCCUUGUCCGUAUUCCAAAACUGCACAUUCGUGGUCAGGAAGCCUAUGUCAAACCAACAAUGCAUUGUAACGGCACAAGGAAGGAAAGAAAGAUUCCAGCCAUCAGCCAUAGUCAUUCAAGGAGGUUCCAUUGUUUCUGAUCCCGAGUUCUACCCGGUCAGAUUCGACCACAAGGCCUACCUUGCUCGUCCGUGGAAGAAUUUCUCUAGAACCAUCUUCAUGGAUACCUUCAUCGACGAUUUGAUCCACCCCGACGGUUACAUGCCAUGGCAAACACCUGAAGGAUUUUCCGGCAUGGACACUUGCUUCUACGCGGAAUAUCAUAACUAUGGACCUGGUUCAGACAAAUCAAAGCGUGUGCAUUGGGCCGGAAUAUGGAACCUUAACUCAAAGGCUGCACAUUGGUUUGCACCAUCCAAAUUCUUCCAUGGAAAAGACUGGAUUGAAGAAACUGGAGUUCCUUUCUUUUCAUCCAUUCCUAAGCACCAUAGGCACAAAAAGACGGUGCUUAAAUGGUGA